GUAUAUUUCAAACACAGAGACUUAGACAUACUCUUGUUUAAGAAAUUUGCUUCUUCUCCUGAAAAUUGAGAAGACAAACAUAGAGAAGAACUAAUUGUAGCAAAGGUGUUAAAGAAUCAUCUAGACUCGUUGAACCAUCUUCAUGGAAGAAGAAAGAGAAAGCCUUUACGAGGAAAUGGGUUGUUUCGAUCCCAACACUCCGGCAGAAGUUACGGUGGAGAGCAGCUUCUCUCAAGCCGAACAACCACCACCACCGCCGCAAGUUCUUGUCGCCGGUAGUACAAGCAACAGCAACUGCAGUGUUGAGGUAGAAGAGCUCUCUGAAUUUCAUCUCAGCCCACAAGAUUGUCCUCAAGCUUCUUCAACACCUCUUCAAUUUCACAUCAAUCCUCCUCCUCCUCCUUGUGAUCAAUUCCACAACAAUUUGAUUCACCAAAUGGCUUCACAUCAACAACACUCUAGUUGGGAAAAUGGGUAUCAAGAUUUUGUGAAUUUGGGUCCAAACUCUGCAACAACUCCUGAUUUGCUUAGUCUCUUACACUUGCCUAGAUGCUCAUUGCCUCCUAAUCAUCAUCCUUCUUCUAUGCUUCCUAACUCAUCAAUCUCGUUCUCAGACAUUAUGUCUUCUUCUUCUGCUGCUGCUGUUAUGUACGAUCCUCUCUUCCAUCUGAAUUUCCCUAUGCAGCCUCGAGACCAGAACCAGCUAAGAAACGGGUCUUGUUUACUUGGAGUUGAGGAUCAGAUUCAGAUGGAUGCUAAUGGAGGAGUGAAUGUUAUGUAUUUUGAAGGAGCAAACAACAACAACAAUAAUGGUGGAUUUGAGAAUGAGAUUCUCGAGUUUAACAAUGGAGUUACUCGUAAAGGAAGAGGAUCAAGAAAGUCGAGAACUUUCCCUACAGAACGCGAAAGACGAGUUCACUUCAAUGACCGUUUCUUCGACUUAAAGAACCUCAUUCCAAAUCCCACAAAGAACGAUAGAGCAUCUAUCGUUGGAGAGGCGAUAGAUUACAUCAAAGAGCUGUUAAGGACAAUAGAGGAGUUUAAGAUGCUUGUGGAGAAGAAGAGAUGUGGAAGAUUCAGGAGCAAGAAAAGAGCUAGAGUUGGUGAAGUAGGAGGAGAAGAUCAAGAAGAAGAAGAAGACACUGUGAAUUACAAGCCACAGAGCGAAGUAGACCAAUCUUGCUUCAACAAGAACAACAACAACUCACUGAGAUGUUCUUGGCUUAAGAGGAAAUCAAAAGUCACUGAGGUCGAUGUACGCAUAAUCGAUGAUGAAGUAACCAUCAAGCUUGUCCAGAAGAAGAAGAUUAACUGUUUGUUGUUCACCACCAAAGUUCUUGAUCAGCUUCAGCUAGAUCUCCACCAUGUUGCAGGUGGACAGAUUGGUGAGCACUACAGCUUCUUGUUCAACACUAAGAUUUGUGAAGGAUCUUGUGUGUAUGCAAGUGGAAUUGCAGAUACAUUGAUGGAAGUUGUGGAGAAACAGUACAUGGAAGCUGUUCCUACCAACGGCUACUAGUUUCCAGACACACUUAUGGAGUGGUUAAUUGCUUUUUA